AAAAUCAUAUGGCAAGGUUAAACCGGGAGGAGAAGUUGCCAUUUCUUUUCGGUUUCGAUUUUUUCAUCAUUGUUAUCAAAUUCACUUUACCGGCGGAAAAUAGUUUCAACAUUAUAAUGAGGGACAUUGAAUCAAAAUCAUCACGUCGAGAUCGUGAUCGAGACCGUGUGAGGGAUAGAGAUCGAGAGCGCGAGCGUGAUCGUGAGCGUGACCGCGACCGCGACCGUGGAAGAGAUAGAGACCGAGACCGCCACUAUUCGCGUAAAUACCGUUCCAAAUCCAGAUCUAAAUCCCGUAGCAGUCGCUCCAAAAAAAGCAAAAAAUCAAAGAAAUCCAAAAAAUAUAUAAGACGUAGUCGUAGCAGUAGCAGCUCAUCAUCUUCCUCAAAUUAUUCUGUCACCAGUCGCAGUAGUCGCAACUCUCAUAAGUCGCGGUCACAGGCGAGAAGUACACGCGCACCAAGUUCGGAGGAGAAUUCACGCACCGCAGCCUCCGCUACACUGGCGGUUGCAUCACUCAAAGGAGUAGAUGCUAUUGAUGCACAGGUGCAAAAGGCUUUGGAUGCCAUUGAAGAGGAGGCCUUUCAACCAAAGUCAUUUUUCAGCACACGCGAUAGAGAAGCUCCGGAGAAAAAGCCGCUGGCUGACAAAGUGAUAAUUGACUUGGAAUCGGAAACAGUUAAGAUGCCCAAACUUACAGAUACAAGCAAAGAAAAUGUCGAUGAAAAAAUAUUUCACCCAAACUUCAUUGGCGACGCUGAUCUAAAGGCGGAAAAGUGGUUGCGCAAAUUAUAUAAUUACCGACAAAGAUAUUAUCAAGAGUAAAUUAAAUUAAAUUUAGUAUAAGUACCACAAUAAAAUUCCAUUAAAUAAUAAAAGGGUACUCUAGAAAAUAU